CCUUGCCAAUCUUUUGAUCAAACAUGAAUCCCAGCACGGCUUCGUCGUUCAUGGAUGACGACUUCACGCCUGAGAUGAGAGACCGGCAGGCGCGGGGGAAAGACCCGUACCAGUCUGGCGAUGGCUCUGAUGGCGGCAGUCUCAGCGACCGUGAGUCUGGUUCAGGCACGAGGCUGCGGCUCGGCAGCGGCCGGUAAGAGACGCGUUUUCGAACGAACUGAUCCGCGUGAAGGGCGCACAGCUAACGCCUUCCCCGCAACGACCCCAGUGUCGAGAAGGAGGACUUCGCCCGGGUCGAGAGCCGACAAAGGGCCAUCGCCUUCCUCGAGAACCCAGAACUGCUGAUGAUGUAUGCUCAAUCUACAGGAGACGUGAGUGUCCCUCCCACCUUCCCCUCGUUGAGAAUGGUGCCAUGCCAACCCCCCACC